AUGGAGAAAGAAAAACUGAAAUUAAGAUUCAUGCGCGAGUUGAUACUGCUCAAAUUGUGCGUGAGCGGUUAUCGAGCAUGCAUUGAGGCUGUUCGAUAUAAAUUCGACGAGCUUAAACGACACUGUGCACAUCAUAAAUUAAGCAGCACUUGUAACAGAGUGGAUCCAAGUAUGCGCAGUGUUGUUUAUAUGGCGGCGUCGAAGUAUGGAAAUCAAAGUGAUUUCGACUUUUUGCAGAGGAAAUACCGUGAGGAAGAGUAUCAUGCUGAACGAGAUCGAAUUUUUUUUGCGAUGGCAUUCACAUCGAAUCGUUCGACUAUUGUCGAAUUGGUCAAAGAAGUACUGAGUGUCAAAGACCGAGAUACCGAUUUCCGACCGAAACUAAUAGAAUUAUCCAGACGGAAUUACGAUAACGAGAUAGUCUCAGAUUAUUUGCAUAACAAUUUCAAUGAGUUGCUCAAAAAGUAA